AUGAGCAAGGACGUUAAAGAAUCCGCCAGGUUUUAUUUAUUAGAUCUUAUAGACUCUAUUGCGGGAAAGAAAAGCCUGUUACUAGAGCGAGAGCUAUCUGGUAUUCUAGGGCAAAUUAUUACGACUAAUACCCUUCAAGAGCAUGGAAUUCCUCAAGUUUUUUGGUUCGAUAGUAAUAUUCCUCAAGAAUUAGACCAAAAAAUCAUAUAUUUAUGUCGACCCACUUAUGCGAAUGCUAAAUUAGUUUCUGCUCAUGUUCGACAGCAUCAGCAGAAUAUGAACCAGACUGAAAACACCGUAAUUUUACUACCUUGUACAAAUGUUUUAUUUGAGACGGUGCUGCAAGAAGAGGGUGUUUUCGGCGAACUGGUGAUUAUGGAAUGGUCGCUGCAUGUGGUACCGUUGGAUGAGGACCUUUUUUCUUUAGAAUUAAGUCCUGGUGUUAAAGAGGAUAAUUUACUUAAGCAUUCUGUUAGUGCUCUGGUCAACUUUGAAUCCCAAAACGGUCGGUUUCCACGGGCAUCUGGUCGUGGUCCCAAUUCUGCUAAACUUGUUGAGAUUUGGGAUAAAUGGUACCAAGAAGAAGCUAUCAAUAACGCGAGAAAAGAUGAGUAUGAAGUUUCUACUUCUUAUGACAGUGUCUUGAUUAUGGAUCGCACAAUGGACUGGGUGACUCCAUUUCUCACUCAGUUAACGUAUCUUGGUCUUUUAGAUGAAAUACUAGGAAUUGAACAGAUGAAUGUUAAACUGCCUCCGAACUUGGUAAACCGAAAUGAGAAUUUGUCUUCCGGAUCGCACAAAAAGUUUUCCCUAAGUUCGUCAUACAGUACCAUUAGUAAGGAUGUUAAAGACGCGAAUUUCAAUUGCAUUGGCUCCUAUUUGGGAAAAAUUGCUCGGAAACUUUCGAGCGACUAUGAUGGUCGCCGUCAAGCUAAAACGGUGAAUCAAAUACGCGAUUUCGUUUCGAAAUUGGGUUCUUUACAGUCGGAACACACUUCAUUAAAUAUACACACUGGACUUGCUGAACUAAUGAUGCAACAUGCUAAAAGUAGUACCUUUCAAAAGAUUUUGCAAAUACAGCAAUCACUUGUGUCUGGUGCUGACCCUUCUAGUCAGUUUCCUUUGCUGGAUCAACUGAUAUAUACGGAUGUACCUGUUGAAGAAGUGUUCCGUAUACUCUGUUUAGCCAGCAUCGUCUCAACAGGGUUAAAGCAGAAAGACAUCGAUUUUUAUCGAAAAGAGAUUGUACAGACUUAUGGCUAUAAAAAUUUAUUGACCUUUCAAUGUUUGAUUGACGCUGGAUUGUUACGAGUUCGGCCUUCAAGUAAUAUCUCUUUACAGAGGUCAUUCUCAUAUACUACUUGGCUCAACAACUAUCCAUUGAUUAAUGAGGAAGUCAAUGAACAGCAUCCUUCAGACAUUUCUUAUACCUACAGUGGAUACGGGCCCUUGUCUGUGCAUAUGUCUUAUGAUAUUCUGCAAAACAGAGACAAUCCUGAGAAGCUUGCACGGCUAAACAGUUUCCCUGGGGAAUACGUAGACAAAUGGUUCAAGCAGCAAGAUAGAAACUUUUCCCGAACGUUUACUAGAGGAACAGAUAAAAAGAGGAAAAUCCUUAUUUUCUUCUUAGGGGGCUGUACAUUUACUGAGCUUUCAGCGUUUCGUUUGUUGGCUGAUAAACUUGGCAAAUUCGAAUUUACAUUUAUGACUACAGGUAUGAUCACUGGUGGUAAAAUAGUACAGUCCUUUAUGCCGUCUAUCCAAACUUUGAUUGAUGAGUAA